AUCUCCUGGCAAAUGCCUACCCAGACCAGGCCAGGCGGGGCCAACCCGCUGGUUAACCAGAGGUGACCGUUAGACGAUUACCAAACAGAAAGAGAGUGGCUGAAGACCGAGAUAUAGAGAGAGAGAGAGAGAGUAAGCAAAAAAGAGUGCCCAUUUGAGGGAGAGAGGUCUGCAGAAGAAGCAAAAAUGGGCUAAGAAUCAAGACAGGCAAUAACAACAACAGCAGACAUCACCAUUAGCAGCAACAACAACAUGGAGAGAGCAACUCAGCCGGUCGCAUUCCAGCGCAGGUAGCGCAGUCAACGUCGACGUUCUACCACGAUCCCGGUCCGCACAGUCAGUUUUUCUCUCUCGCAGUUAGCGUCGAGAUCUUCAGCCAGCAAGUUGGCCAGAGUUUGAGCUCAGGUACCAACCCAUAACAACAACAACAAGCAGUCAAAAACAAUAAAAAAAAGAGAAAAAGAAAUUCAAUUCCGAAUAUGGAAAAGAUCGUAAAUAUAUUCGAAUAUAAGUAAAAACAACAACAAGUAUCUUUUGUUGAUGCGCGCUGUGUGUACGUGUGCGUGUGUGUGUGUGAACUUUCCUCAAGUAUGCGGGAAUUGUAUUUAGGUGGUUUGUUUUUUUUUUUUUAUUGAGUCUGCGUAGAAAAAGAAGCUAAAAGAAAGUGCGAACAGGUUUCUUUGGUCUCUGGCCACUGCAAGAAGAGACGUGGCACAACACCAACAACAGAUCAGACAUUCUUUCAGAUGUAUGUAUGUAUGCAUACUAAUAUAACAAACUAACAAUGAAAUAAUAAAGUGAAAGUGAUUAAAUGAUAUGAAACAAUAUUUGCAAACAAUAAAAAAAAAAUACUUCUCACGAUCGAACAAAAAGAGGCAAAUAAAGUAAACAGAUCCCAGCAUGUCGUCAACCUACACAAGUACCAUACAACGCCGCAAGACGGCAACAACAGCAGCAACAACAACAACACGCUCCAAGUCAAAGCAGAAACAACAAAUUGCAGUUGAAAAUAAGCAACAACAGCCAAUCGAAAAUCAAAUCAGCGAACAACAACAAAACGAAAGACUUCACUUUCGCAGCGCAGGCGAGCAACAGCAACAGCAACAGCAACAACAACAACAACAAUCACAUAGUCGCCGACGUUCAACAACCUCACCACCUACAGCUGCUAACUCAACUAACUCACCAUUAUGCUGUAACGGUGGUCUGUCCUCCAUGCUAAAUUGCUGCCGCGAUAUUAACUGCCACCUGAAUGCAGCGACAGCGACAGCAGCAGCAACAACUAAUGCAGCGGCAGCGGGCUCUAAUGCUGCACCUUUGCGCGGCAGCGUUGAGCGUAGUCGUCGCUCAGAGAGCCGGCAUUCCUCGUUGACGCCAACGCCGACGCCGACGCCGACGUCGAAGCAAACUUCACCUUCACCAACCGCAACUACCUCGACAUGUUCUCGCUCUCGCUCUAGAUCACGUUCAUGCUCGUGCGAUGAUGAUAGCUGCUUGAGGAGCAGGAAGAGCACUAGGAUUGGCAAUUUUCCGGCAAGUGGUUGGUUUACAGUUAACCUGAGCAUCGAUCUCUUGAGUUGGACCCUAUUCCUUUUGGCCUUUGGCACACGUUUUUACAAAUUGGCAACACCAGCUCACGUUGUAUUCGAUGAACUGCACUAUGGCAAAUAUAUAUCACAUUAUAUGCGCAACAUAUUCUUUUUCGAUCAGCAUCCACCGUUGGGCAAGCAAUUGAUUGCCGGAUUGGUUAGUUUUGCCGGCUACGAUGGCAAUUACACAUUCUCACGGAUUGGAGCUCCAUAUGCACCAAAUGUGCCCAUCUUUUGGCUACGUUUUGUCCCCGCCCUGUGUGGAAGUCUCCUGGCACCGGCGGUCUAUAAACUUUUGCUGGAGGCGCAACUACGUCGCUGGGCAGCUGCUCUGGGUGGCCUUCUGAUUGUCUUCGAUAACUCUCUGUUGACCCAGUCACGAUUUGUCCUCAUGGAAUCGAUGCUAUUGCUGGCCAGCACCGUGGGCAUAGCCUGCCUGCUGCGAUUUCAGAGAUGCCGUCUGGGCAGUGUGAAAUGGUUGGUAAAUGGUACAGCCGCUGGCUUCUCCUUGGCCUGUGCAGGAAGCAUCAAAUAUGUGGGCUUUCUCGCCCUUGGCUUGGCUGCAUAUCUUUUGUGUCGCCACCUGUGGCAAUUGUUGUACGAUGCCCGUUUAAGUACAUUCCAACUCUGGCUGCAUGCAUUGGGCAGACUUUUACUAUUCGUUGGCAUUCCACUAAUCGUCUACAUCGGUGUCUUUUAUGUGCACUUGAAGAGUUUGCAUCGGGCUGGGCCUCAUGAUAGCAUAAUGACAAGUGCUUUUCAAGCCUCACUGGAUGGCGGAUUGGCCUCGAUUACUCGAGGUCAACCAUUGGCGGUGGUCCAUGGCUCGCAGAUAACUUUACGGCACACACACGGACGCACCUGUUGGUUGCACUCACAUGCCGCCGUCUAUCCAGUGCGCUACAAGGAUAAGCGAGGUUCCUCUCAUCAACAGCAGGUGACCUGCUAUUCCUUUAAAGAUGUCAACAAUUGGUGGAUUGUUAAGCGACCGGAACGAGAUGAUCUGGUUGUGGGCGAACAACCAGAUGUCAUACGACAUGGUGACAUCAUUCAGUUGGUCCAUGGCAUAACGAGUCGUGCUCUAAACUCCCACGAUGUGGCUGCUCCCAUGACCCCGCAAUGCCAGGAGGUUAGCUGCUACAUUGACUAUGAGAUUAAGAUGGAGGGCGAACUAUUGUGGCGUGUGGAAAUCCUCAAUAGAAAGACAGAAGGUGAUCGCUGGCAUGCCAUCAAAUCGGAGAUACGUCUCAUUCACGAGUCGACAGGAGCUGCUCUGAAAUUUAGUGGUCGUCAGUUACCCGACUGGGGCUUUAAUCAGCAUGAAGUGGUAGCUGACCGGGAACAGGAGCAUGACGAUGCUAUUUGGAAUGUGGAAGAGCAUCGCUAUACAAAGACUCAAGAUCAACGGGAGAGAGAACGUCAACUUUUGUCCGCUGAGAUGAUACCCACGCAUCGGACACGUCUCUCAUUCUGGGCCAAGCUACUCGAACUGCAGACAAAGAUGUUCUGGCAUGCCAAACAGCUGCAGAGUCACAUGUACAGCUCGAUGCCCCAUGAGUGGCCAUUGUUGGACAAGGGCAUCGCCUAUUGGGUCGAUGGUGGCAAUUCCAGUGCCCAGAUUUAUUUGCUUGGCAAUGUUCUCAUCUGGUACACGGCCAGUGGUGGCCUAUUCAUCUAUGCCGCUUUGCUGGCCUUCUAUGCAGUGCGUCGGCGUCGCCUCUGCUAUGAUAUAUCCGUGCAGGAAUGGGAACGCUUCCUCCUUGCCGGCGACACAUUCUUUGUGGGCUAUUUAAUGCAUUAUUUGCCAUACUUUUUUGUCGAUCGGACACUCUUCCUGCACAAUUACUUGCCGGCCUUUGUCUUUAAGUUACUUCUAUUGUGUUAUGUAUUGGAGCAUUUGGAUUAUCUGUUGCGUCGCUAUUGCACGGGACGCGGUCUUCAUCUGGUGCAGGGCUAUCGUCUCGCCUUAAUCUUUUGGUUAGUGGCCGUUGGCAUUGUUUUUGUCAAGUUUUUACCUCUAAGCUAUGGAUCGACUAAAAUGUCGGCCGACGAGAUUAUUAAUCUUAGAUGGAAAGAUACCUGGGACUUUAUAUUGCAAAAGAACUAUGCGCUUAACUGAAAAGGGCAUCAGUGUACCAUGUACCAUGUACCAUGUACAAUAAACUGUUACAACAUCAUUCUAAGAAAUGUAUGUACUCAACCUAGUUACAUAAGUUAGUUAGUGAAAUAGUUUAAAUUUUAAUCAGACGACGAAUAA